AUGGCUCUCCCACCUUCCGCAUACAAAGAUAGAGAGUUCCUCGCCGUGAUCGGUGACGAAGAUUCUGUAACUGGCAUCCUCCUCGCAGGCGUAGGCCAUGUCACGAACCCACCAGACUCACAAAAGAAUUUCCUGGUCGUAGACGGCAAGACGGAUGACAGCACGAUUGAGAKCGCUUUUGAGAGUUUCACGAAAGAGAGGAAGGAUAUUGCGAUUUUGUUGAUCAACCAGCAUAUUGCGGAUCGCAUAAGAGCUACAGUGGACAAGUACACGGAGGCUUUCCCUAGCGUUUUGGAAAUCCCUAGUAAGGAUCAUCCGUAUGAUCCUGAGAAGGAUAGUGUUAUGAAGCGGGUGAGGAAGCUGUUUGGGGAGUGA